AUGGCUGCUACCUCCCAGUUUGCCAGUCGAUACAAAAAGGAUUUGAGUACAGAAGCCCUGAGAACGAAAGUUGCCCGCAGAAAAUCAAUGCUUCAAAAGGAGAACAGGCACAAGUUGUUUCAAAAGGGCAGACAGUUUGGAUUGGCAGAUGUCAAUGUUCAGCUCUCAAAAGAGAGGGGCGUUCGUCAGCUAAAUGAGACACAAGAAACGUGCUCUCAGGAGAACAGCGGUGUAAAACAGAAGCAAUCUACAGAUGCAGCCACCAAGAGGGUUAAUGAACGCAAGGAAAUGCUCCAGCGCUAUAAAGAGGAAAAGGAACUUCGGAAACUGAAAGAGCAGAGAGAGAAAGCAAAAAAGGGUGUGUUUAAAGUCGGGUUAUAUAGACCAACCGCCCCUGGAUUUCUUCCGCUUGUACCUGAAGACCCAGUGAUAGUGAAGCCAAGAGAGAAGGCAGCUCCUGCUUUCUCCGGGAGGAUUACUCGAUCAAAGGCCAAGAACCAAGAAGAAAAAAGUGUCAUACCAGCGGCAUCCAAGAAUUCUACGGUCUGUGCCAACGGACAUAGCACGCGCCCUACACAAGCUGGACGUAAACAGACGAGUACAGACAAAGCAGCUGAUAAAGGGAAAGUGUUGCAGACUGCAGUCCAGACAGCCUCAAAUGUAAGAAUCACCAGAGCAGCCGCCUCUGCAGCUAGGCAGACACUGAAAACAACAGCUGCUGCUGCUCCUGCGGGUAACCAGUCACAGAGAAAGACAGCAAACACAGGAAAGCAGAAGAAAGCAGUGAAACCUUUGCAGGAGGUAAUUCCUCCUAAACACGAAGUAGAUGAAAAUGCUCAACUGGAUUCAGCGAUGAAAGAUUCUGCAGCUGAUUCUAAACUUUCAGCAUCAAUAGAACUUCACCGGGAAAAAAGCUCAGCAGAAAGCAUAACAGAUUCUGCUCAUGGGAGACCCAGAACACGCUCUUUUGCACCGCAAAACUUCGUGUUUCGGCCAUUGAAUGGCUUAGCGACCUACAAAGUUACACCCAUGACUCCUUCUAGGGCAAAUGCGUUUUUGACACCCAAUGCCUUCUGGGAUUUUUCAAAAUCUCCAAUUAACAUAUUUGAAAAAUCCAGUGAAACUAAGGCACAAGAGCUUAAUUUUAUGAGUCCGGUUUCCCCUGCUGAUAAAGGCAUUCAAGAGCAGCAAACCACUGGAAGUUUGAAUGGAGGGAAAGCAUGUGAAUCAGACGAGAAAACUUCUACUUGGGGAUCGAAUGAAACGAUUCCCAUCUCUUCAGAUACGAGAGCACCUGAAACAAAGUCAGAUGAUAUGAGAGAGCAAGAGCAUGAUGUGCCCUACUUCAGAAGCAUUCUUCGGUCUGAGACAGAGAGGCUGGUGUCUCAGUGCCUCCAGUGGGAUGGGAAAUUUGAGCUGGACAUUCCAGAAGAUGCUAAAGAUCUCAUUCGCACCACUGUUGGUCAGACAAGACUGCUCAUAGCAGAAAGGUUUAAACAGUUUGAAGGACUGGUGGAUAAUUGUGAGUUCAAACAAGGUGAAAAAGAAACGACGUGUACAGACUUAGAUGGAUUUUGGGAUAUGGUUAGUUUUCAGAUCGAAGAUGUGAAUAAAAAAUUUGAUAAUCUGAAGAAGCUUCAAGACAACGAGUGGCAACCACUUGAUGUCCCAAGCAAAGCAAUUGUCAAGAAGACGACUGUUCCAAAUGCAGUGUCCAAACCAAAGCUGGGAGCAGCUGGAAGAACUGCUGCCCGCAACCGGCUUGCUGCUAUAAAAGCAGCUAUGAGGGAUAAAAUGAAACAUGAUGGAGCUGUCGAUUGCACACAUCAGGAGAAACUACCAGAAGUAGAAAAAGUGGUUUUUGAAGCGGGAUUUUUCAGAAUUGAAAGCCCUGUGAAAACCUUUCCAGGCUUGCUUUCAAAGACACCUCGCAGAUCUUCCUUGCAGACUGCGGAAAAACCUGCAACUCCAAGAUCGUGCAGGAGAGCUUUGCUUCAGAGAAUUCCUCCGGUUCUUUGUAACCCUGAGGACACAACCACAAAACAAACACCGUCCAUGCUCAGAGGCUUCCACCCGGCACAAAACUUGGAAAUGCAGCAAUUUCCCAUCGGAAAAACUUCCCCACUGGAAAACCUCCCUGGUGCUUUUCCCGCGCAAAGCGCUUCUGUAGUUGCAGAGGAACACAGUCCUGUUGCUGGCACAGCAGAGGGAACUAAGGCGCUGGAAAAUUCUAGCAGUGAAUUAAAAGCAGUGGCUGGCACGGAAGAGAUGGAACUAUCUACUGCAGAACAACAAGGCCAAGAUAUCGUCAUGUGCAGUCCGGAGAAGGAGACGGGCACAGGGACUGACUUUGCUCAGUCUGGAGAACUGAUAGAUCAAACAGAUGUUUCAUGUAGUCAUUUGACACCUGUUGGUAGAAAUCCUUUUGACACGCCCACGCUGGACGCUGAGCUUCCCUUCACCCCAGUCAAGAGCAAAGCCCAGAAGUUCGCAGCAGCUGAAGCGUUCAGUGACCUUAUUGUAUUUUCUCCCUUUUCUUCCUCUGGGGAAAAAUGA